AAAUGCCAAGCUGAUGUGUAGCAGUAUAUUGCUGCCUGUCUGCCUCAAACCUCAUUUGCUUGAGAACCCCUUGGACACAUUUUUGCUUGCCUUGUAUUGCGACAAAUAUAGCCACUGGCCAUCUCGCCUUUCCAAACUUGAGCCUCCUUCCAUCUGGCACAUUCUACCCAUCUCCUUAUUCAGUGCCAGAGGAGAAGAUGUCUCCUGCCCCACUGUGCAUCCAGCCUCGCUCACAACCUCAGCCAAUAAGGCUCCUCAGCAUAUCAAGUAUCAGUAUAACAGAAGGACUUAUUCGUUGUGGGAAGUUUGUAGAACCUUACAGCCAGUCUGCGCCAACAGACGCUCACUUCUUUCAGCUUUUCUGAGGUGUAAAGACUACCAUCAUCAUGUCUGAUACGGAAGUUGAUCAGGUUGAGGAUUACGAGGGGGAAGCCGAAGAGGUAGUGGAGGUAGAAGUAGCACCCGAGGCGGCUCCUGAGCCAGAGCCUGAGCCUGAGCCUGAGCCUGAGCCAGAGGUAGAGCCAGAGCCAGAGCCAGAGCCAGAGCCUGAACCUGAACCUGAGGUUGAGUCAGAGCCAGAGCCUGAACCAGAACCUGAGCCUGAACCAGAGGUGCAGGAAGAGGCCUAUGAAGAGGAAGUCGAGGAGGGAGAACAGGAUGAGGAGAAGCCAAAGUUCAAGGCCCCCAAGAUCCCAGACGGCGACAAAGUGGACUUUGAUGACAUCCAGAAGAAGCGCCAAAACAAGGACCUCGUUGAGUUGCAGGGCCUGAUCGAUACUCACUUUGAGCAGAGGAAGAAGGAAGAGGAGGAGCUCAUUGCUCUCAAAGAUAGAAUUGAGAAACGUAGGGCCGAGAGGGCUGAGCAGCAGAGGAUCCGUUCUGAGAAGGACAAAGAGCGCCAGGCGAGACGUGAGGAGGAGAGGCUGAAGAGGGAGGAGGCAGAUCAAAAGAAGAAGGCUGAUGAGGACAUGAAGAAGAAGUCUGCCCUGUCCAACAUGGGCUCCAGCUACAGCAGCCACCUGCAGAAGGCUGACCAGAAGAGAGGCAAGAAGCAGACUGAGAGAGAAAAGAAGAAGAAGAUCCUGGCUGACAGGCGCAAGGCGAUGAACAUUGACCAUCUGAACGAGGAUAAACUGAAGGAGAAGGCUAAGGAGCUGUGGGACUGGAUGCACCAACUGGAGUCUGAGAAGUUCGACCACAUGGAGAAGCUGAAGAGGCAGAAGUAUGAGGUUACAACACUACGUAAGAGAGUGGAGGAGCUGAGUAAAUUCAGCAAGAAGGGAGCUGCCACCCGCCGCAGAAAGUAAGCUGCCAGCUCAGGAGGACGUGGCGCUGGCACGUGACCUCCGUGCCAGUUGGAGCUAUGACCCGCCCCCCGUAGAGGUCCAGAAUGCACCUAGACCCUUAGCACAGAAACGACAGGCAUCAGGUGUCUUGGCAUCUGUUUUGUUUUGUGUGAAAUCCCUCCUAAAGGCCCAGAGCUGGAAUAGUAGAGGUAGUUGGCUUUGGCCCUCCUCACCCGGACUACUGUUAGGUUCUCAAGAUGUUUUUUGUAAAUAACGUAUGACUCUACAGCUAUGUCUGUUGCCCUGUAACUCUUCGCAAUUCAAUAAAAUCCUUCUUCUUAAA